GUGCGCAGUUCAAGCUGAGGACAGGCUUUCCAUGAUUUGUCGCGUGCCAUUGUGGUGCGCUGAGAAGACGUCCACCUUUGGGCCCACGCACAUCCACUCGCGACAUCGGCGCGAGCCGUUCUCGGCCAUGGUGUACAUCCGCCUCGCCGACCCUGCCCCAGGUGUUCCGAAGCGAAUGCAGUUCACCGAGGAGCCGGUCAAAUGUGUUGACGACUUGCAGGAGGUUCUUCACUUUGCCGGCCUGGAAGCGCGUUUUGCAACGGAUGGUUCGUUGCCGCUCAGCACAUAUGAGGUGUGGAAGGGUGCUGCGGGGAAGGGAAGCCAUGACAUCGGUGGGCCUGCACUCAGUGAAAACAUUGUGCAGCUCAUCGUGUCCGGGCCGAAGCAACCUGACCUCUCCAUUGUCGAUCUACCCGGCCUCAAGUCUGGUAUUAGUGCUGCGACAGCCACGAGCCUCGCGGACACGUAUCUGGGCAAACCUGAAAGCCUCAUCCUCCUCUGCCUGGCUGCAGGUGGGAGUGAUCCCAGCACGAAUGCUCCCGAGGUGCAGCUUGUUCUUAAGCAUGACCCGGAACUAAAGCGGAGCAUGAUCAUCGUCACCAAACCUGACCACAUUGAUACCCCCACGGAGUCAGACUGGGGAGACCUUAUCUUAGGCCGAAACCAAAGCUUUUCGCUCGUGCCAGCUUACGGCGUCCACCCCGUGCGAUGUCGCAAGCCGAGCGAGUAUCGCAACAGGGCCGAUAGCUUUGACCACGGCAAGGAACUCUUCCGCCAGCCUGAAUGGCUAGACUUCGCCGAGGUCGCCGGCCGCUCCUUCAGCUGGCGUGAGACGCAAGAGCGUAUCAACAUGGCGUACAAGAAGCUCGUCAAGAGCAAUGUGCCAAAGCUCCGCCGUCGUAUCCAAGAGAGCACGCUCGAGGUCAACGAGCAACAGGCGCUGCUUCCACCUCCUGUGGAACACCCCGUAGACUACCUGCACGGCAUCAUCGAGGCCAUCGCCAAAGCCCUUGAAGAGCACCUGACGGAUCGCGGCCAGCCCACUCAGCGCUUUGUCGACAUCCAGAUGGAGUUUGAACGAGACCUACGGGUGACGUCGUUUACUCCGCUGCUGCGGAAAGAUGCAGCGGACGAAGCACCACACGGAAGUGGCAUCUACUUGGACGAAGUCCACGCUCUGUUUGCCAAGUACCGCAAUGCACGUGCUAGUAUCAACAUGCACGCAGCGCGGGCCGCUCUUCUUAAGGACGUGGUGGCGCGCUGGGCCGGACGAUGCCACGAGUACAAUAAAGCGUAUUGGGCCGAACUCGAAAACCUCGUAGGAGUCAUCACCGACGAGGUCUGCGAGGGGAAGGAUGAUCUCUCCCAGAUCGCAACACAAGCCCUGCAUACCCUCACUGCCCCCCUGCAGAACGAGGUCACGGCUUACAUCUCUGCCCGGAUCGAGAGCGAGAAAGCUCGGCCCGACCACGUCGAGAUCCGCCAUUGCCCAGACGACGCCCGCGGCACCGUCCAGGCCUAUAUGCAAACAUUUGCCGCGGCGUAUCCCGCUGCCGAGGGUGGCGAGGUCAACGAACCGGUCGCACACAACUACUUCCCCGCCACGCUCGCCAAGCACCCCGAGCAGUGGCACCCAACCUACGUUUCCGCACUGCUCAAUUUUAUGGCUUUCGUGCAGUGGCAGCUGCAGCGCUCUAUCGCUCGGUUGCAGGACACGGUUGGCCGCGAGCUUCCGGUCUACCUCCUUGCGAAAUUUUUGCCCCGCGUCCCCGCCACACUCCGCGACGCGCUCGGCCUCAACGCCGUCAGUGAUGGGACCCGGAAGCGCGCGCACGACCUGUGCGAGCCUGACGAGGAGAUCACGGCACGCCGCGAGGCCAUUAAAAAACGGCGCGAGACCCUCGAGGAGCUUCAGAGUGUGGUCUUCACCUGCGGCGCGUGAGCCAGCGGUAGUAGGCAACUGCUGCGGGGCAGGACAACGAACACCUUCCUCCGCUGCCACUGACCGCCAUGUGAAUGGUCUCCUUCCAUAUACGCCCC